CAACAGGCUGGAGGUAGGAUCAGUCCUUUUUGGCAUCAAUCCGCCAAGCAGCCACACUGCGUCACGCCCUGAGUGGAAUGGAGGACACCGACAAGAAAGGAAAUGGGGAGUACGUCGGAGAGAUAAAGGGCGGUCUGCGGCCUUCAAUGAAGCUGGUGGUGAUGGGAAUUGUUGCAAAGAAACCCAAAAGCAUUGAGGUGGUGGUGUCCUGCAAGCCUCACAGGGAGGAAGACGAGGAGGACGGCGAGUCGGAGUCGGAAGGCGACGUGGGUCUCCAGCUGAAGGUCACCUUCACAGAUAAGGCGGUUCAGCGCAACGCCCGGCUGGAUGGGAAGUGGGGUCGUGCUGAGAACACCCUCUCUUUCUUCCCUUUUGCACCCGGAGAACCUUUUAAGAUGGAGAUCGUGUGUGAGCACCAGCAGUUUCGUAUCCUGGUGGACGGUCAGCCUCUGUGCGGCUUCAGCCAUCGUCUCCCCCGGCUGGCCAGCCUCACCGCGUUACGGGUCUUCGGGGACGUGCACCUCACCAAGGUGGCCUGAAGGCACCACGGACAGAACACGGGGGGGUUGGAGUUAGACUAGACUUGAUUGUUUUGUUAGUUUCACACUUUGGAAUCCCAGCAGAAGACAAAGUGCCUUCAAGUGUUUAUCUUCAACAUGCUGACUCAACACUUUUUUGGGGGGAUGUUGUUCAUUAUGAUGGACGGCAGGAGAAAGAAAAUAUUGAACACUUCUAUUAAAAUACAAGACUGGUAUUCCGAAUAUACUUUCAUAAAAUUAUGACUUAAUUUUUUUUUUCUCUGAAAGCUCAGAAGCUCAUAAAUUAAUUCUUGCAAAAAUACUGCAUAUUAAAUCCUCAUUUGAAUUUUUUUUUAUUUCAACUUAAAGCCCUCAAAGACACCAUUGAUUUUAUUUCAUAUUUUUGAGUGAAAAGUUAAAUAAAAUCCUACUAAAUAUAUUUGCGAUCCGAAAGGUUCCCCAUUCAUAAAGUGAUGCAUUUUUUUAUUUUUUUUUUACUUUUAACACUUAAAUUUCAAGAUCAACUUCCAAUAUAUCUCUCCAUUUUAAGUUUGAACUAUUAUUUUGUUUGUUUUAUGCUCCUUUGUCAAAAUGUUGAUGUUUUUAUAUGGCAACCACACAACAUAGGCAAUAUUUUUUCCACAUAAAACAUUUUAAAGUGAUCAUUUUUAAGUAAUAUUUCAUUAUAAUAGAUUUUUUUGUCCUCCUUUUUUUUUGCGCAAUGGAAAAAAAAGAAAAUAAGUGAAUUAUAUUUAUAUAGCGCUUUUCUCUAGUGACUCAAAGCGCUUUACGUAGUGAAACCCAAUAUCUAAGUUACAUUUAAAGCAGUGUGGGUGGCACUGGGAGCAGGUGGGUAAAGUGUCUUGCCCAAGGACACAACGGCAGUGACUAGGAUGACACAAGCGGGAAUCGAACCUGCAACCCUCAAGUUGCUGGCACGGCCACUCUACCAACCGAGCUAUACCGCCCCAAAAUAAGGACAAAAGAAAGAAAAAAACUGCCUGCAUGGCAGCUUUGUGUCAACAUUGCCACUUUUUCUCAUGAGAUUUCACCUCAUUGCACUUUUUUUUAAGGUUUUUAUUUAUAUAUUUUUUUUGCAAUAUUAUCAAUUUUGCAAUUUUUGCAGAAUUAGCUGCGGGCCACAAAUGGCCCCCGGGCCGCACUUUGGACACCCCUGUUAUACAUCAUUGAUAAUAUAAUGGAAAAUUAUACAUUUUUUUAAAGUAAUAUUUUUGCAACCAAACUGCCAUUUUUUUCCCACGUAAAAUCUCAAACUUUAGUCUCAUGUUAUUUUAAAUUACUUCUCAAAAUAUUUUGAAUUUUUUCUCCAAAUAUUAAAAUUUUAACUUAGUAAUAUUUUAAUAUUUUUUUAACUGUUUGAUUAUAUUUGUUCUGGUAAUAUUAUAAGAUUUCCUCCAAUUCUCACACUAAACUGUGUUAAUGUUCGGAAUGUAUUGAACAUCCCUUCUUCAGUCUUGUCAUAUUUUUCUUGCAAUAUUCAGACAAAGUUCUCAUAUUUUGAAUGCAUUCCCUUAAAAAAGUCACAUUCAUUUGAAGGUAAGUCACACAAUAUUUGUCAUGUAUUCUCAUACUUGCCAACCUUGAAACCUACGAUUUCGGGAGGUGGGGGUAGAUGGCAGUAUUGUCCUGUUUAAGAGGGUCACGACAUUGCUGUUUACGGCAGACGAACUGCUUUACGGUAGACGAAAACGUGACUGCUGUUGUUGUGUGUUGUUACCGGGCUGGGGGGACGUUAGUGAAACUGCCUAACAAUAAAAGGAACCAAGAACUCGCCCUCGAUUAUUCUACAGUUGUAACGUCAUUGGGCAGACACGCUGUUUAUAUUGUGGGAAAGUGGAUGUGAAAACAGGCUGUCCUCACUCAGGUCCGCAUGGAGCUGGAGGGGGCGUGGCCUCCAGCUCCGCCUGAAUUUCGGGAGAAAAUUUGUCCCGGGAGGCGCUGAAUUUUGGGAGUCUCCAGGAAAAAACGGUAGGGUUGGCAAGUAUGUAUUCUGGUCAAAUGACAACUUGUUUUUGUCUCAAUAUUUGGACUUGAUUGUCAUCAAAUGACUAGAAGAAUGUAGUUUUUUGCUCUGUAUGAAGUGUAAAAUGCAUGGACAGACUGCAAGAAAAGAAUGUAGAAGAAGACCCGCAAAGUGUUGUAAUGUUCUUCUACUUCCUGUGUAGACCUUUCAAAGGCCACGCCCACUUUGUGUGCUUUUCAUGACAACAAGCACAGCCAUUGUUGACUUGAGAAAUAAAGUUGUGUUACUUGCUGUGAUGCAACACAAAAUUAUUGGAAGUCAAUCAUUGCUGCUGAGGCCGGAUCAGACUUGCAAAGACUGGAAGGCAACAGCGCUCAUGUUCUUACUUGUCCUGCUCGCACACAUUCUCAACACAACAACACACAGAAAGUACAACAAUUGUCAUUUAUUUUACAUAUUUUUCACAUUAGCAAUGCUGACUGCAUGAGUCAUUAAAGCUGUAAGGGAAGAUUGUCACAUUUCAGUGGAGGGAGCCUUGGUCUAGUCCAGGGGUCAGCAACCUUUUUGGAAGCAA